CCUCCGCUGAGUUCACAAGUUGCCACGAAUACACAGCGGCAUGAUGUGGAGCUUAGUGAGCUGCACGCUGUGCCUCUUCGUCUCCUCUCAGCUCAGUUUAUGGUCGGUCUGGGCGGCAGCAGACGAGCUGGACGGCGAGGUGAAGAUUGAAGUUCUGUUCAGACCCGAGGAGUGCAGCCCAAAGAGCAAAAGAGGAGAUCUGUUGAACGUCCACUAUGAUGGGUUCCUCGCCAAAGAUGGAUCUCAGUUCUACUGCAGUCGAUCGGACAAAGCUGGGCACCCUCAGUGGUUUGUGCUGGGCGUCGGACAAGUCAUCAAGGGCCUUGACAUAGGGAUGGAAGAUAUGUGUCCUGGAGAGAAACGAAAAAUAACUGUUCCCUCUUCGCUGGCCUUUGGAGAGAAAGGCAAAGCGCUUUAGUUGAAAAGGCAUCACAUCCCUCGCAGUGUUUGCUACUCUUCCCCUCAUGGCAUGUACUGUAAGCAUGCACAAAGGUUUAAAGGUCUCUGCUUCAUUUAAAAAACUAACAGCUGAUUCAUGUUUUUACCUUCAACUACUGUUUCCUGUAAACCUCUUCAUGUUGGUGUUUACAGUGUUAUGAUCUGAUGGUGGUGCUGCCUGUAGCCCGGGACUCUUUCACUGAGCGCAUGUUUUUGCUGUCCCUGGACCAGUUUGUGAUACAAUUACAUGUAACAUGUAAUAAAUGUGAAGCUGAGAGCUGCUGAGUGAAAACUACAAUGGAGCCUCUGUGUUCUUGAUCUUUCCUGUUCUUUUAACACACUUAAAAUUAACAACUUAAAUUGUUGUGCUAGUUUCAUAUUUCCUUUUCUUGCUGGAUUAAUGCCUCUUACGGGCUCUUGAAGCCAAAUCGGUCAGUACAGUCUGCAAUCACCACAACAGAUAAACUCAGUAUUUUCCUUGAUAUGCAACUUGCAUCCUUACUUCACAGUUCCACCUAAUAAAAGACAGAGUCAUGAUUAUGGUUUUGUAAUAGCUUUUGACCUUUUAAAAUCUUGAUUCAUUGUAUUAUUGCAUUAUAAUAAGAGCUGCAGCGAUGACGUGUGUUUGUAGGCCGACCCGGAGGUUAGCAUC